GUUUUUAUUUGAUUUUGGGGGUUAAGCGUAGAAGAGUCGUUUUGUGGGAAUCGAUAAAAGACAAUCUUCAUAUCACAACUGCAUAACUGACAUUUCGUUUUCUAGGGAACACAAAUAUUCACCGACUGACUAGCCAGGGAGUCUUUAACUUGCGGGUUGACAUGGAAGACUUCGAAGGGAAGCGUGUGUACGCACAGUACACCAACUUCUCGCUGGCUUCAGAACAGGACUAUUUUCAGCUGACAGUAGGAACGUAUACUGGGGAUGCUGGCGAUUCGUUAAGUUUGCACAACGGACGCAACUUCACCACUAAGGACGUGGAUCUGGACACCUGGGCCGGAGAUAACUGCGCCCACGAAUUCUUUGGCGCUUGGUGGUACUUCGAUUGUCACCAGUCAAACUUAAAUGGACUCUAUCUGAGAGGACACCACGCAAAAUACGGAAUCGGCGUAAACUGGCUCUCAUUUCGUGGAUAUCGGUACUCCCUCAAGUAUACGGCUAUGAAGAUAAGGCCAUCUCCGCGGAUUUACUGAUUUCAAACGCACUUUCGGCUCUGUUUUGUACACAUGAAUAUACUGUUAUCUAUGUUAUUUUCUAACUGGCUACAUGUCAGUUCUAAACACACUUUCGACUGAUAGAUCAAUACCUACAAGCUUGGAAUGAUAACCUAAACUAAUUCAAAAUGCAUAACUCGUUCUAGUCAAGUGCACCACGACUGGUAUA